AUGAAGAGUUCAAAGGACCAAGAUAAAGGAAAACGCCCUAAGAAAAUUGGCUUCGCGGAUCCGCAAGACGAUACUGAUGGCAGGAAAAGCACUGUGAAAACAUAUCGAAAAUCAACCUAUCCACGGGAUAGUGAUGUUGCUGGAGCUGCGCGUAAAUCUUCAUUUCUAAUACUCUCUCGGCUAGUUGGACCACAAAUGACCUCCUCCAGGUCGGACAGGAGCUUGUACACUCGAACCAGCAUGUACACUGCGCCACGUUAUCAAAACUCGUAUCGCAUGGAGUCCUACAAACCGUUUCAACGGGAAAGAAUGCAGAUCUUGCUGGGCCGUUUUAUGGAGACUUUUCUGGAUGAGUACAAGUACGUCCCGAAGCGAUCAAAACGGCUGGCGGAAAACCUCAGUGAAGAGCUACGCAAUCAGUUCAAAACAUACCAGUUCGAUCGAUACCGGUGUGUGGCUUUGGUUACGGUCGGUGACAAGAAAAUGCAGGAUUUUCGAUGCGUUGCCCGAGCACUAUGGGAUCCGGAGAAGGACGAUUGCAUCAGCUACACAUACGAAGCACCGAGCUUCUUCGUAACCGCUAGCGUAUGGGCUGUUUAUUUCGAGUGA